CAAAUUCACAAGCCGAUCGCUGAUCUCCGAAGCCGACACCCUCGCGGCUCGCGCGAUCCUGUCCUGUCCGAUAUCAUAGUACUUUCUCCUUCUUUUUUUAAGCUUAUAAGUCGGGGUGGUUCCUCGCAAGGACCGUCAGUUGCAGCUCGGUUCGUCGGUGAAUCCUUUGGAUCUGUUUAAAUCUGUGAAUUGGAGCUAGUGUUUCGGUGGUGCCAGCGACUGUUUUUUUGGAUACGAAGGACUCGACAAGGCGAUAGGAUGUUGUGGUCCACGGUCCCAUAUUUGUUCCAAAUCGUCCUGAGCACGACAGGACUUCAUCCCCAUUACGAUAUAUUCUUCGACCAUAUUCCCUCGCCUUCAUUCAUAGGAGGAAGUCCCCAUAGGCCGUAUAUACCUGGCAGUCGGCGUUUUGGCCCCAACAUCGGUCCGCGUCGUCCAGCAAGACCAUCACCAGACGAUCCCUCUGGAAUGGGAUGCGGCACCAUCCCCAACGGUUGUCCUCCCUCCAGGUACAGAAGUUACGACGGCACGUGCAACAGCCUGCGUAACCCCGUUACGGGAACCCCCAAUGCGCCCUACACCAGAUUACUGCCCCCCAACUAUGGAGACGGCAUUAGUACCCCUACGAUAGCAAGAAGUGGAAACCAACUUCCCUCAGCUCGUACAGUUAGUUUACUGGUCUACCCUGAUGUACUUAUAGUAGAUCCACAAUUCACCCUCAAUGCCAUGCAGUACGGUCAAAUAAUUACACAUGACAUGAGCAUGAUUGCUGGAAGUACACAAGCACAACCACAUCAGACGAGAUGUUGCUCGGACGACGGCCAGCUGUUGGAACUGGCUAAUAUCCCGGAACAUUGCUUCCCGAUAAUGGUGCCAACAGACGACCCCAUCCACUCCCCCAAUAAUAUCAGGUGUAUGAAUUUUGUCAGGACUAUCACGGAUCGGGACCGUAGCUGUGUUGGGGGGUCUCAACCCGCAGAACAGUUGACUGUGGUUAACCAUUUCCUGGAUCUAUCCCUCGUCUAUGGUAAUACGGCAGAAGUAAAUCAACAGUUAAGGCAAUUUCAAGGGGGAUACCUCAGGGUUGAUAUAAGGCAGAAUCAACAGUGGCCACCCCGUUCGAACAAUGCUUCCGGAAUUUGUAACCUUCAGAGGGCGCAGGACGCAUGUUACCAAACUGGCGAUGCCCGAGCGAACCAAAAUCCUCAACUGACUCUCCUCCAGAUUGUCUUCCUUAGGGAACACAACCGACUGGCCGGGAUACUGGGCCAGCUGAAUCCCCACUGGGACGACGAAACCAUCUUCCAAGAGGCCAGGAAGAUCAACAUCGCUCAGCACCAGCAGAUCACUUAUUACGAAUGGCUGCCUAUUUUCCUCGGAGAAGACAACUUGGUGCAAUCAGGAAUCAUCUGGCACACCAAUGGAUACGUCAACGAUUACGACGACACCGUCGAUCCCACAGUCUUGAACGAACACGCCACGGCUGCCUUCAGAUAUUUCCACACACUCAUCAUUGGAAAUUUGCAUCUGAUUACUGAAGGCAGAGGUACAAGAGGAACCUUACGCCUCAGCGAUUGGUUAAACAGGCCUCAGAUCCUGGAAGAAGGCGACAAUUUCGACGACUUAGCACGCGGUCUCAACACCCAAUGUCAACACGCUGCUGAUCAGUUCCACGACAGCGAGAUUACGCAUUUCCUGUUUAGAGCUCAGCAACAAUUUGGCUCCGAUUUGAAAGCACUGGACGUUCAGAGGAACAGGGACCAUGGUCUAGCUUCCUAUAACGAUUAUAGAGAGUACUGUGGCCUACCAAGAGCCACAUACUUCAAUGACUUCUUAGACGUUAUUAAUUCUGAUAACGUCCAAAGACUAGCCGCUCUCUACGAGUGCCCCGACGACGUAGACUUGACAGUUGGAGGGUCGCUAGAACAGCACGUACCUGGCACGUUAGUGGGCCCGACGUUCCUCUGCAUCCUGAGGGAACAGUUCUAUAGGACUCGCGUCGGGGACAGGUAUUGGUACGAGAACCCCUCCGAGACGGGAUUCACCCUGGAGCAACUCUUCGAGAUACGCAAAUCCAGCAUUUCGAGGCUGCUGUGCAACAACGGCCGUAACAUACGGUCGAUGCAACCUCGUGGAUUCGAAAAAGUGUCAGCCGAUAACAACAUUGUUCCAUGUGAACAGCUACCAGAUUUGGACUUGUCGUUAUGGAAAGAUACACCGGGCAGUUUUGGCAGCAUACCCACCAAUUUGUAUUUCAAAAAAUAGUGUUGUUAAUUUAAUUUUUCGUAAUGAAUAACUUACGGUGCCAGAUAGAAAACUGGUGCGGACGCUAGAGUGAAGCAUAACUGUAAAUUUGUAGUCCGUUAGCUAGUUCAACUAAUUUUUUUAACUUUUUUAUAUGAAAUUUAUUAUUUAAUUAUUUAUACAUAUAUACGUAAAUAGAUUAAAACAGAGAAAGAGUUUCCAUGUUGUAAGUUAUGAAAGAAAAGGUAUAUACAGGCUGUAUUGGCGAUAUUACAACUCAUUUUAAGGGUUUGUUCAUCAAAAUAAAUGAAAAAAAUAAGAGUACUUACCUACUUAAAAAUUAAAAUUUGUCAUAUCACCGCAACGCCCUGUAUAUAAGUAUUUAUUAUUAUUAUUAAUGAAAUGUAUCUGUCAAGCUUAUCUCAGGAAAAACAAUAUCGUCGUGGAAAUGAAUUUGAUAAGUUAGUUGUGCACUGAUAUUAAGAGAAAUUGUUUUAAACCAAAGAAAUAUUUUAGUUCAGGUCAUAUCGUAUUAUUUGCUUGUAGAAGAAAAAUUUUUUUUUGGUAAAUUCCGUUUUGUAGUAAAUUAUAAAUACAUACUUAGAUCUUUAGUUUAUUAGAAUGUAGCAUUUAACUUUACCUACAAGGUAUUUUUAUUACACAAUAA